AUGAGGAGCUUCAUCUUAACAGCAGUUUUCUUUUUCUACAUCCACAUCUGGGUGUGUCAGUCGCAGACUCUGGAGGUCCAGUCUGGUGAAAAUGUCACUCUGCUGUGCUCCAACAUUUCUAUGGAUCAAACUCAUACAGUCUGGUUCAGAGUGGUCAACCGAUCUAAACCCAGCUGCAUCUCCUCCAUGUUCUAUCUUGAUCGCCCUGCUUCAUUCUGUGAUGGAUAUCUAGAUGGAAAAUUUGAGAUGAGUUCCAACAUCAGCACCAUCUUCCUAAAAAUCAAUCGAGUGGAUUUAUCUGACUCUGGGUUGUAUUUCUGUGGAUUCUACAUACAUCUACAUACAGUAAUUUCUAAUGCAACAGAAUUAAUCGUUGCAGGCAAAUAUGAAGUGGAUUUCAUCACUGAAAUUAAGGAAGAUGGAAACACAAACCUCCUGACUGUGACUUUGGGCAGUCUGACUGCUUUCUUUAUGACGGCUUUUGUUGGAGCGGUUGUUAAAAUUUGGCAGCUUCAUACAGCUGCAAAGGAAGAAAUGCACCCUGCUAGAAACCAGACUCUGGUCUCUACUGACAUGAACUCCUCAACACUGAUGUUCCUCCCGGAUAGUAAAGGAAGCAGGAGUCCUGAAGACAAGAGAGCAGUGGAGACUCAUGUCAUCUAUGCUGUCAGAAGAUACACUUGAUUUUCUAUUUGAGGGAU